CAAUAUUCAUCGCAAAAAUGUCCAAAGAUGAUAUUGGGGUAGUGAUUGACGCUGGAUCGCAGUAUACAAAGGCUGGAUUCUCAGCAGACACAUUUCCUAGAUGCGUUGUGCCUACUGUAGUUGGGAGAUUUCGUCGCGCUGGUCUUCUUGACGGGAUUCCAACAAUUUAUUGUGGGGCAGAUGCGGUACGAAACAGGGGCAUAUCUCAUCUAACAUGGCCGGUGCGAGAUGGUUUGAUCCAGGAUUGGGACGAGAUGGAGAAACUUUGGCAUUAUGUAUUUUAUAAACAUCUCCACGUCCCUCCUGAUGAAGCCAGGAUAAUGCACGCUGUUCAUCCUUUAAUGGAACGAAAGGACAAGGAAAAGAUGGCGGAAAUAUUAUUCGAGACGUUCGCUAUUAGUGGGUUAUAUUUGGCGAAAUCCCCCGCUUUAGUACUUCACGCUAGCGGAAAAACGUCAGGGGUUGUUUGGGAGAAUGGAUAUUCAUGUUCAUACGCCGCUCCUGUGUUUGAAGGGUUCCCCUUGAACUAUUCCACGAUUACCUCUCAGCUGUCCGGCGAGGCAUUAACAGCUCGCCUUCAAACACUGAUGGCCGCCAACGGGUACUCAUUCACGACAGCCAUUGAACGAGAGUUGUUGAAUCAAAUAAAGGUCGAUGUAUGCUACAUAUCUCAAGAUUACGCAGCCGAAAUAAAAUCAUCAUCAAGCGAAAACAAGGUUCGCUACGAUCUCCCUGAUGGGCAACAUGUGCUUCUCGGGGAUGAGCGUUUCCAAUGUCCUGAAGUCAUGUUCCAACCUGCCCUCGCAGGUCUUAACUGUCAGAGCGUCACAGAUACGAUAUGCUCAAGUAUAACCAAAUGCGAUGAAGAUUACAGAACGUUGUUUUACAACAAUAUCGUUAUAUCUGGCGGAUCAAGUAAGUUUCCCGGUUUGUCUAAACGUUUAUUAGCUGAAUUGACUUUGAAACCGAAGACUUUGGCCAAAGUCAACGUUAAUGUUGAUGGUAUACCAAAUAGACAGUACGCCACCUGGGUUGGUGGAUCGCUUUUAGCUUCUCUCGGGUCUAUGAAGGGUUUUUGGCUAACUAGUGAGGAAUACGAGGAUGCUGGUUCGGAUCGCGUUAGUUAUAAAUUCUUUUGAAGAGAAAUGCGGUUGGCCGUUUGCCCGGAAUCGAUUACAAAAGUGUUUGCUAUCUGGGUGUUAUCGUUAGAUGUGCAGAAUAUGGACUGACCCACAUAUUAUUUUGUUUUAAA